AUGCAAAUGAGGCAUCCAAGGCCAGAAGGCAUUCGUACAUCCAAGUGAGCAAUCUCUAGGGAGCUUUCCCCUGGAGUCCUGCAAGUUAGAAAUGUAUGCCAUCUUUUGUGAUGUCUGCACAUCUUCAGAGGCGCUUUUGUUCCUAUCCCUCUCAUCAGAGUCAUCAGCUUCUCAGUUGUUAUAGAGAGGACCCUGAAGUGCAGCAUGACUCACACCAACCUUACCGUCUUCCACCCUGCAGUUUUUGUCCUACUUGGCAUUCCUGGGCUGGAGGCUUAUCACAUGUGGCUGUCAAUCCCCCUCUGCCUCAUGUACAUCACUGCAGUCCUGGGGAACAGCCUCCUGGUGGUGGUCAUCAUCACAGAGCGCAGCCUCCAUGAGCCCAUGUACUUCUUCCUCUCCAUGCUGGCCAUGACGGACAUCCUGCUGUCCACCACCACUGUGCCCAAGGCCCUAGCCAUCUUCUGGCUGCAUGCCCAUGACAUUGCCUUUGAUGCCUGCACUCAAGUCUUCUUUGUCCAUGUGAUGUUUGUGGGGGAAUCAGCCAUCCUGUUGGCCAUGGCCUUUGACCGCUUCGUGGCCAUCUGCACCCCUCUGAGAUAUGCAGCAGUGCUAACAUGGCCUGUUGUGGGAAGGAUUGCUCUGGCCAUUGUCACUCGAAGCUUCUGCAUCAUCUUUCCUGUGAUCUUCUUGCUGAAGCGGCUGCCCUUCUGCCGGACCAACAUCAUCCCCCAUUCCUACUGUGAGCAUAUUGGAGUGGCCUGCUUAGCCUGUGCUGACAUCACUGUCAACAUCUGGUAUGGCUUCUCAGUGCCCAUUGUCGUGGUCAUCUUGGAUGUGAUUCUCAUAGCUGUAUCCUACUCACUCAUCCUCUGGGCAGUCUUUCAUUUGCCUUCCCAGGAUGCCCGACAGAAGGCCCUCAGCACUUGUGGCUCCCACCUCUGUGUCUUCCUCAUCUUUUAUGUUCCAUCUGUCUUCACUGUAUUCACCCAUUGUUUUGGGCGUAAUAUUCCUAAACAUGUCCAUAUUCUGCUUGCCAAUCUUUAUAUGGCAUUGCCACCAGUGCUGAACCCUAUUGUCUAUGGUGUUAAGACUAAGCAGAUCCGAGAGGGCAUAGCACACCAGUUCUUUGAGGUCAAGGCUUGGUACUGUGCCUCCCCUCUGGGAUGA